AACAUGGUGUUUGUCAAUUAUCAGACUCUCAAGUCCCACAACGAGGCCAAGCAUGUUGACGAUGGGGAGCUGAACUGUGAGAUCUGCAACAAACAUUUCAGAAGCAAAUGGACCCUGUCCCGUCACUUAAAGCUGCACAACUCUGCCAAGUACACCUGUACGCACUGUAAUAAGAAGAUUUCCACAAAGGCCUCGUUUGAGGAUCACCUGGAGACACAUAAACCUGAGAAUGAGCGGCAGUACCGCUACCACUGUGUAUUCUGUGGCAAAGGCUUCAGGGUGAAAACUAACUACGAAGAUCAUCUAAAUAAGCAUACAGGGAAUCGGCCGUAUCAAUGUGACCAGUGCCUCAAGUCAUUUGGUUUCCGCAGCAUGCUCAAGAAGCACAAGACUUUCAUGCACUCGGCAGAGCGCCCGUUCAAGUGUGGCUACUGUAUGAAGGGAUUCAAGUUCAUGAACCUGUUGAAGAACCACAUGACCAUCCACACAAACGUGAGAAAACACACAUGUUUCUACUGCAACAAGAUCUUCUCCACUGCAUCCUCUUUGAAGUUCCACAUGAGGAAAUGUUCCCAGGUGCAGAAGCCACCCACAGAGGCCACACAGCAGUCUGGGAUGGUGGUGAUCUACCCCAGCAGACAGGGAAUCAUAACUGUGUCUGAAGCCUCGAUGGUGGAGGUUGGCGGUGUCAGGCCAAUGGGCAUUCCUGUCAUUGCUGCAACCCAGGUCCCGUUCCUGCCUGGUGAACAGAAUGUCUUGAUCACAGAAUCUUCAGGACAGAUUCUUUCUGGAGAUACCCGACUGGUUGUCCCAGAUGAAGGCGUUGCAAUGGAUAGUAAUUUGGUUACCAUGGAGAUAACGGAUCAGUUGACUGAUGCCGAAGCAAUUGUAGAAGCUACAUCACAAGUGGCUACCCAGCUGGAGUUAUUUGCCUGUAGUGAGUGCAGUGCAACCUUUCACACCUAUGGUGAGGCAGAGACUCACAUUACCACGGCCCAUUGUGCCAUCCCCCUCACCAAUAUGUAGUGGCAGCCUCCAGGGAAAGAUCUUGGAUAUAAAUGUUACAGAGUUUUGAUGAAAAGGAUUUGUCGAAUCCAAGGAAUUUCUUAGCCAGGAGCAUUGUCUGCCCCCCCCCCCCCAAAAAAAAAAAUGUAACCAAUAGCUAUACCUUAACGUACCUUAAAGUUGUUAAGAUAUUUGAAUUACCUUCAGCUGCUUUUUCUUGACAAAAUCUUCUUCACAAAAUCUUAAAAAAUAUUAAUUAAAAACAACAAGAAUUCUGUAAUCAAAAGGUUUAUUUUUCUGAAGAAAAUGUUCAGCUAGGAUAUCUUAUGAAUAAUUUUCAGAUCAAUUUUGGUUUUUAUGGAUUGCAUUUUGCACGUUCAAAUAAAACAAAUUAAUUAAAAGAAAAAAAGAUUACUUUGUGUUUGGCAAGGGCAGCAAUGAAAGCAAAAAUGAGCAGGAUGCAGCAUCCCGUUAUGUCACUGUGAAUCUUUACCGUAACUUAUUGUCCUUUAAAACUAGAAUAGCCUAUUGGGCUUUGUACACACUAGGCAUGUUGUGGGAAAGUGAUGUCCAAGAUCGGAUAGGGGCACUUCAAGAUAACGCUUUUAAACUUCAAUAAAUUUAUGUUAAGAAAACCCUUAAAACAAGAUUGAUCAUUAGAGUGCAAAGUGUUCACUUUUAUAUCCAUGUAAAUACUGCGAAAAACGAUCUUGUAGUUGGGUUAUUCCUCGACUUCCAUUUAAACAUCUUAUCGUGUCAAUGACUACUCUGACUUUCAAUAGUUUACAUUGAUGUAAUUGGGUAAUGAGUACAAUAUUACAAGCAUUAUUUCAAUAAUAUUGUAUAGCUUUUGUCCAUGUUUUAUGUUUUGAAUAUUAUGUUCUGCAUAAUUGACAGUUAAAAUGCUGUCUUAAGACAGCUGUACAUUUUUUGUCUGAUAGCAUUCUUUAGGAAUAUGUAAUCUUCAAACAUUUAAACCUAUGUUCUGAAGUCACUUAAAUACACUUUACAUGUUUUCUACAAUACUUACGUUUUCUGUCACUGUUGGCUAUAGUAAGCACUAAAACACUUUAAAUAGACCAAUGAUUAAUAUCACAGCGUGCAUGAAUAUACAUAAAGAUAGAGCUUACAAUAUGAAAUGACUUGAAAUCAAUGAUAUGAAUACCACGGACUUGUAAAUAAUAAUAGCUAUAUGCAUAUAUAGGCGUAAGCUUGAUACAAAAUGUUUCUUUAGUUUCUUUCGGAUUUUCAUGUGUGCAUGUACACCCCAGUUUCAUGUGAGAGUGGGGAUAGUGUUUUGCCAAUAGCCGUACGUCCUUUCAUUGUUACGUCGGUUUUAAUAUCUGCGUCGCUAGUAACUCUAGAAUUAUUGCUGCUAGAGGGAUGAAACUUAACUAACAUAUGUUAGAGUACAUGAACCUGGGCACCUGCAUAUUUUGUAUCGGAUUGUUUUUGGGACUUAACUAAAGUAAUUGCCCUUAUAUAACGACAUUCUUUAACUUGUGUUGCUUGUAACUCGGUAUGUUUCGCUGUCACAGGGAUGAAACUUUACAAACCAGCAUGUGAACAUGGGUAUCGCAAUAAAUUUGGUUCGGACGUUUUCAACCUUCCAAUCUUCAUGGAACUUACUUAAACAAUUAUUGGAAAUGGCUUGGUUAAAAACAUGGCCGCUACCGGUAGGGGGCUUUAAUUUAUUUGGAUUUAUGUAAAACUGUGUGAACUCUCUUAAAGUCGCAUGGUUUACCCAAUCAUGAAACUUGCUUAGAUAAUUGUACUUAACAUAUGUAAGCCAUGGUUCCGAUUCAUUGAAAAACACGGCCACCAGGGGUCAUGGCAUUUUCCCUUGUAUGGUUGUAGUGAAGCAUAGGGUACACUAGAAGUCGAAGUUUUGCCGGAUUAUUAUGAAACUUGUUUAGAUUGGGUAUCCUAUGUUAUGCUUACGUUGCAAAACGUUGUGUGUGCGGGUUUGUGCGCUGUUGCAUGCAAGAGACCUGUGAAAAUUUGAGAUGGGCAACCGCGACAUACCUUUACAGCACGAGUAAAACACAUAUACUCACAUUUGAUGAAUUUAAAUCUGACUGCAUCGGUAAUUGUUUCAAUAAUAUUAAUUGCAGCUGUUUUUUACCUCGCCUGAGCACAAUGUGCUCAUGGUGAGCUUUUGUGAUCGCCUUUCGUGCGCUGUGCGUCGUCAACAUUUGCCUUGUUAACACUUCAAAGGCCACAUUACUUGUCCGAUCUUCAUGAAAUUUGGCCAGAAGAUUCGUCUUGAUGAUAUCUUAGACGAGAUCGAAAAUAUAUAACGGUUGCUUGAAAAACAUGGCCGUAAAGGGUCGGGGCAUUUUUCCAAAUAUGGCUAUAUAUAUAUAUGGCUUAAGUAAAACCUAGUUAAAACUGUAGAGGCCACAUUUAUUGUUCGGUCUUUGUGAAAUUUUGCCAGAAGAUUUGUACCAAUGAUAUCGAGGAAGAGUUCGAAAAUGGUUGAAAAACAUGGUCGCCAGGGGGCGAGGUAGUUUUCCUCUAUGGCUGUAGUAAAACCCGUUAACACUCUUUAGGCCACAUUAAUUGUCCGAUCAUCAUGAAACUUUGUCAGAAGAUUUUUCCCCAUGAAAUCUUGGCCGGAUACGAAAAUGGUUUCGGUUGCUUGAAAAACAUGGCCGCCAGGGGACAGGGCAUUUAUCCGUUUAUGGCUAUGUAUGGCUGUAGUAAAACCUCGUUAUCCCUCUAGAGGCCACAUUUAUUGUCCGAUCUUCAUGCAACUUGGUCAGAAGAUUCGUCCCAAUGGUAUCUUUGAUAAAAUUGAAAAUGGUUCCGGUUGGUUGAAAAACAUGGCCGCCGGGGGGGGGGGGGGGCAUUUUCCCUCAUGUUGCCAUAGUAAAACCUUAACACUCUAUAUGCCACAUUUAUUUCUGAUCAUCGUGAAACUUGGUCAGAAGAUUUGUCCCAAAGAUAACUUGGACAAGCUCAAAAAUGGUUCAGGUUGGUUGAAAAACACGGGCACCAGGGGGGCGGAUUAUUUUUCCUUAUAUGGCUAUAGUAAAACCUUGUUGGCACUCGAGAUGCCACAUUUAUUUCUGAUUAUCAUGAAACUUGGUCAGAAGAUUUGUCCCCAAGAUAUCUUGGACAAGUUCAAAAAUGGUUCCUGUUUGUUGAAAAACACGGGUCCCAGGGGACGGGUCAUUUUUUCUAAUAUGGCUAUAAUAAAAACGUAUUAAAAUUCUAAAAGUCGCAUUUAUAGUCCAAUCUUCAUGAAACUUGGUCAGAACAUUUGUUCUAAUGAUAUUUUGGAUGUGUUAGUAAAUUGUUCCGGUUUGUUGAAAAAAUGUGGCCGUAAGGGAGUGGAAAAUUUAUCUCGUUAUGUAAAGCUACAGUAAUAACCUUUGUUAGAACUCUAAAAGUUACAUUUAUUGUUCACUCUUCAUGAAAGUUGGUCAGAAAUUUCUUAUAAUGACAUCUUGGGCUGCACAGAACAGGUCAGUUUUUUUGUUUCUCAGGUGAGCGACCUUAUUCAUUUCAAGCCAUCUUGUUUCUUAUUUAACAUUCUUUAAUUGCAAUAAAAUUAUUUAAUAAAUAAUGUUGACUUAUC